AUGGACAACAACAUCCCCGUCACAGGUCUCGAUGACCUCACGGCGCACAUGGACGCUCUAAUCGCCAACCCUUCCACGCCGCUUAACGCCAAAUUGUUUGAUGAUCUCGAGCUUCAGUUGACCGACUCCAACACCCCACCCCUCCUAACCACCCUCCUCCCCCGCCUCGUCCAAAUCCUGCACACCACGCUCUCCGAUCCAACGACGCCCGCCUCUCUAACCACCAAACUCCUGCGCCCACUUACUUUCAGCCAAAUCACCUCCCUCGCGCCUCCCGAGUCCUUAAUCCAGGCUCUCGAGUCCCCGUUUCCGGCCGCCAACAUCCUCGCCAUGACGAUAUUACACAAAGCCGCCUCUGCUUCUAGCGAAGUGGCGCAGUUGGCGGAGAUGAAGGAGGUCGUCAAAGCGUUUGUUUGCACGUGGCUGGGAAGUUCAGAGGUGGGAGUGGGAGAAAAGGGUGGGAAGGUGAUGGGGGAUUUAUUGGAUGUUGAUUGUGAUCAUGAACCUCCGGCGCGUACACAGCAGAGGAGGGGAGGGACGGGACAUCCUUUAGAUGCCGGGAUGCCGACUUGGCAUGACCUGGUUCUGCGAAAAGAAAAGGGGUCGGGAGCUUUGUGGAAGCGAGUAUUUGACGAUGAGGAGAUUUAUGGACUUGUGUUGAACUUGUUGGCGGGACGGCAUGAAGAUACGAAUAUCAUCAACCCCUUGGAUGAAGCGGAGAGGAAAGAGAAGGAGAGACAACUGACGCUGGCGCAGGGGAGGAUAUUGAGGAUCUUGCCGAGGCUGGCGGCGUUGGAUCUGGAGAAGGUUGUCAGGAGCGAGAUCAAUGCCCCUACACCCGGCUAUUACGCGGCUGGCGCAGCGACGAACGGGCCUUCAACGAACAGACACGGCACACCCAAGCAUAACGGCACAUCCAACCGCCCAAACCAAAACGGCGACAUCCUCAUGAACGGAGUUGAAGAGGAGGAACAAGCACAGAUGCCCCUACCACCACCACCAAAGACCGGCCAAGGCCUCCUCCACUUCGCCGCCCUCCGCAUGGUCGACCGCAACGACAUUCUCAUGCACUUGUCACUGAUCGACUUCUUCGAGGCUUUUGUCGGGUUGAUGCGAGUCACCCCACCUUCCGAGUACAAGGUUGAGACUGUCAAGGAGAUUUUGAGAGAGGCGUUGGUGGAUAAUAAUGAUAAGUUGCUGAGAGAGAGCUUGGAGAGUUUACCGGAUAGGACGGUGGAUGAGGAGAGGGAGGAGUUAAGGGGGUGGCUGAGGGAGGUGAUGCCGCUAGUUGGGGAGGAGAGGGAUGUUGUGAUGAGGUAG